AUGGGCUCGAUCGAAAGACCUACACUUCAGCGUAUUCCAGUCCACGCUCCUAUUGAAGUAUUUAUUGAAGCCAUCAAGAAAGAUGGUGGUUGUAUUUGUACCAAUUAUGUUAGUCCGGAAGACAUUGCUACUGCGAACGCAGAAGUCAAGCCGUUCUUAGAUGCGGAUAAGCCAUGGCAGGGGAAGCUCUUUCCUCCCGAGACUCGUCGCUGCAACAGAUUGUUAUGGCGCAGCCCGACCUGUCGAGAGAAGUUCUUCAUGCACCCUUUAUACCAAGCUCUUGGAGAGCACUUUCUCGCAGAAACGUACCCGACGUGGUAUGAUGAGAAAUGCCACCAUUAUACAUCUCAUCCUCUUCUAAGUGCCGCACUCGGUAUUGAUGUUCGGCCAGGAGCCGUUGGACAACGCCUGCAUCGCGACGACAAGAUGUAUCAUACAUGGCAUACUGAUGCUACAUCUACUGGCUGGACCCAAGGCAGAGAUAAUGGUUUCGGAGUUUUCGUUCCAGGUAUCAAAACCACCGUUGAGAAUGGCGCAACUCGAAUGCUUCCUGGCUCUCACCUCUGGGGCGACGAUCGUGGUGCCGACCCCAACGAUCCGAAUGUCUGCUAUGCCGAGAUGGAUGUUGGAGAAGCAGCGUUCAUGCUGGCUAGCACAUUUCACGGAGGCAGCACGAACAAUAGCAAGGAUCAGAACAGGAUGCUUUAUGCUAUAUUCAUGUGCAAAGGUACUCUGAGGACGGAAUUUGCAACAUUGAUUGAGUAUCCGCCUGAGGUUGUUAAGCCUUGGAGCAAGGAAGUUCAGGCGAGGUUGGGCUACAAAAUCUCCAGCCCGAACUGUGGAAUGGUAGAUAUGAGAGACCCAGGAUUUUUAUUGAGAGAUGACUUCGAUCCGGAAGCGCCAAAUGUGGAUGUUGAUCUAGACUAA